AUGACUGAGGUCUAUUUCAGAUACCGUGGAAAUCUAACUGGCCGUGCCCACCCACCCCCAACCCUGGCUACAGCAGGGACGGCUGCAGAUAAAUAUUCCAACCUGUAUAUGUAUAUGGGGUUGUUUUUGACUCUGCUGGCCAUCCUACUUCUUCUACUCUUCACCAUGCUCCUCCGCCUGAAACACGUCAUCUCCCCUAUCACCACGUCCCCAGAGAGCACUGAGAAUGUACAACAGUUCACAGAUGUAGAAAUGCAUGGCAGGAUUCCCAGCCCCUAG